CUGCGCCCUGGGCGCCUCCCUCUCCCUGGCGCCCCGGGUGCCUCCCUCUGCCUGGCACCCUGGGGUGGGAGGUGCCCGCGCGGCUCUGCGCGAAAGGAGCCGGAGCGGCCGCGGGAGCGCAGCCACAGCCGGGGCACCUGCCUGCUGCUCGCCGGCGGAGAGGAGAGGCCGGGGCCGCCGGGGGCGCUCAUCGCGGGCCGACACAGGGUGUCAUCCUGACCCACCAGCCAUAAUGGGCAGAAAACUGGAUCUCUCCAAGCUGACAGAUGAAGAAGCCAAGCAUAUUUGGGAGGUGGUUCAGCGUGACUUCGAUCUUCGAAAGAAAGAAGAAGAACGAUUGGAGGAACUAAAGGGCAAGAUCCAGAAAGAGAGCACGAAGAAAGAGCUGCUCUCCGACCAGGCCCAGCUGAACGAGACCCACUGCAGGCACUGCCUCCAGCCCUACCGCUUCCUGCUCAAUAGCAAACGCCAGUGCCUGGACUGUCAGCUGUACACCUGCAAAAAGUGCGGCACCUACAACCGGCGAGAGCAAGGCUGGCUCUGCGAUCCGUGCCAGCUGGCCAGAGUCGUGAGGACGGGCUCCCUUGAGUGGUACUAUGAGCACGUGAGAGCCAGGUUUAAGCGCUUUGGGAGCGACAAGGUGAUGCGCUCUCUCUGGGGCAGGCUGCACCACGGACCCAGGAGCUCCCCUGCUUUAGGUCUUCACAGCAGAGCCCGCAGCGUCCCAGAUGUCCACGGUGGCGGCCGGUUCUCUCCCGCUGGAGGCAGCGGGGACAGCGGGCAAACGUCUGGAGAUGAGGCCCUGGAGGGCACCGAGGCUCCGCGUCCCGGCAGAGAAAAGCGGCUGCUGUCAGUUCACCUCUUUGACUUUGACCUGGACUCCGACCCCCCUGCCCAGCCUCGGCCUCAGUCUCCGCAGCUUUCUCCAGCGGCCCUGGACGGCCUCCAGACCCUCCCCGGUGCUCCCAGUGCGAGUGUCCAUGACGAGGAAGCUGCCUCCCUCAGAGAUGCCUUGAUCAGCCAUACCGGCCUCACCCCAGAGUCCCGGGACUUCCUCGAGGAGCAGGGACGCAGCAGCCCCCAGGGCUCUCUGCCGGGGGAUUCCAGUCUGGAAAGGAAGCCCAGCCCUGAUGGAGAAGCCACGGGGAGCGACCAGCCCCAGCUCCAGUACUUUGCCGACCUGGACACCUCAGACGAGGACCUUGGAAAGACCCCCAAGAUGGCGGCCCCUCCCUACCCUUCCAAACGCGGAAGUUGGACUUCCUCCCCGGAGAGCGUGGCCCACUCUGAAACCCAGAUUCUCUCUGACGUGAAUCGGCGCAUACGGGCCGUCGAAUGCUUGCUGGUCCGGCUAGAGGAGAGAAUCCUGGUGCCCCGGGAGGAGUCCCUGGGGCCAGAGGUCCACACCGAUGCUGAUCUAGAAGAGGAGGCCCUGAAGAGGAAGCUUGGAGAGCUGACCAGCAAGGUCAGUGACAAGGGAGGGUCUUCAGAGGAAGAAGAGGAGGACGGCCAGAGUGGGCUGAUCCCAGGAAGGAGCUCUGCACCUGGUACCAGGCCCGUAGAGGCCCAGCAGACUGGCCAGACACAUGGAGAGGAGAACAGGCUUCCUGACCUUGAGGAGCAAGUCCCACGUACCAGAACCCCUGAUUCAGCGCUCUCAGAGCUGGAGGACAGAGUGGCCUUGACAGCCACUGAGGUGCAGCAUGCAAAGAGGGAGGUGUCAGAUAUAAAAUCUCGGAUUGCUGCCCUCAGCGCUGCUGGACUCCCUAUCAAAACUUGGGAGAAACCCAGGAAGAAAUCAAACCUCCAGAUACUUCCACUCCAGCCCUCUGAGAACAGCCCGGGGGAUGAAAAUCCCGAAGACUCUGGGGUUAUCAAAGUAAUGUCUAGGCCACAUGUCCAGAAGAGAAUAUUCAAUAAUUCUCUUAAACUUCAAGACGGAGAUGAUGGCCUUUUCAGCCGAAAAUCACCUUACCGAGGAUCCCUGACUCAAAGAAAUCCCAAUGGGAAAAACAGAAGGGUGGAUCACAUUUUUGCGAAACCUGUGAUGACCCAUCAGCCUUAAAGAAAACCUUUACCAUAGAAAUCAGAUAAAGAAUAACUAAUGUUUUCUCCACUAUCACCACCAUUAUUUUCUUCUCCCUCUUCAAUUCUUCCUUGGAGAAAAGAAGAAACAUUGCUUGUGUAGGAUUCCUGCUUCAAGGUGAUGAUAGUUGCCAACUUUUCCUCCAAGCCUCUGCAGAGUGAAUUUAAGAAUAGAACAACAUGGCGCAUCACUUCCCAGAUCAUUGCAACCUACUUGCUACCUGAUGCUGUUUCUUUUCAGUUUAAUGGAUCUCUGAAUUUAUAUUCCAUAAACUCAUAGAUUUAGAACUAGGAAAGAUAAAGAACAUCUACAUCUACUCAUGGAAAUAUAGGAUCAUAGAUUUAGAAUAGGGAGAGACUUUUAAGGUUAUUUAAUCCAACACCCCAAUUUACCCUUGAAAACAUUAAAAUCCAGGGAAGGGAAGGAAUUUGCCAAGAUCUCCAAGGUAAUAAAUAGCAAAACUGAGAAUUAAACCUAGAUCCCUCAAAAAGAGGAUGUCAACCCUCAAAGGACCAUUUAGACACCUGUUAGAUGAUUACUUUCUUGUAUUGCUUUUCCAACCAUUGUUGCUAUCAAAAUGAAAAUAAAGAAUGUAUGAAAAACCAUUGAGAUCAACACAAAUAAAUAUCUGUAAAUACA